UGAAAAUUGGGUGUGGUCUUGUCAUAAAAGAACCUCUUGCCCCAAAACCCUAGCCUAACCCCCUCCAUUUCUUCCUCUUCUCUCUCAAGCGCUUUCAUGGCGGAAACCAAUAACCAAGAAGAACCUGCAUUGCACGCCACUAAGCGCACUAAACACGAUGCCACCCCCGAUGUCGAUCCUCUCGACCGCCCCAAGAAAACUCUUAAGCUCGAUUCUUUCGAUGACAAGAACCCAAUCGCCGGGAGUUUGGACGGAAAAUCCACCAUUGACGAAGCCAAAGAUGCCCAAAUCGAAGCUGGUCCCGAAGAGGACGAGAACGGCGAAUAUGACGAUGAAGAUUACGGAUCCGACGAGGACGAGGAUGGCGAAGAAGAAGAAGAUGAUGAGAAGUCGAAGAAUAAUGGAGAGGCGGAUCGCAAGGGGAAGGGGAUUAUGAGGGACGACAAGGGAAAAGGAAAAUUGAUUCUUGAAGAAGAAGAAGAUGACAACGAUGAUGAUGACAGUGACGACGAUGAUUCGAGCGAUGGCGGAGGCAGUGAGUUGGACAGCGAUUUGUCGGAUGAUCCGCUCGCGGAGGUCGAUUUGGAUAACAUUCUUCCGUCAAGGACUCGGCGGAAGCAGCCUCCGCCUCCUGGAGUUCACAUUGCCAAUGAUCUCGGAAACGACGACGAUGAUAGUGAUGAUAGUGAUGCUUGAGUUUGGAUUGAGGGAAGGUUAGUUAGUCUAGUCAAUACUUUUAGCAGGAUUUGACCACCUAUGAAAUAGUUAUUUUCGGAGUUAGUAAGAUUAAUCUCAUUGCUUUCGCUUCAAGGUCAAUGCGGCUAUGUUUGUUGUUGAAAACUUGAUGUAACUAAGUCUUUCUUCUUGAUAUAAAGAUCAUGCCUUUUUCUUUAUAU